AACAAUUAAUUUGAAAUAAUUAUUUUAAUCUGUAUGCUACGUAAAUUGAUUGGCGUCACAGAAGAAGAUUCAAAUUAACAUUAAUUGUAUUAUACGUGUUUGCAAUAGGUCCCUCAUUGUUCUCUUCCCUUUUCAAAAUUUCUCUUUAUCUUAGUACAAUGAAAUCAAUUACGUAUAAUAAUUCCGAGGUGUAGUUUAUCUUGAGGCGUUUUAUUGUCAUUGGUUGUUUCAAUUGAUAGAUUUAGAUACAUUGAAUCGUAUAUUAUAUUUAGAUUACUCUGAUAAUUACAUUACCUUUAACAACAUAAUUAUUUGACUAAUUGAUAAUUUGAUGAGCAAGAUUUAUAAAGUAGCGUAUACGCAGUUUCAAAACAGUUCUUGAAUAUCUCUGUGUACAAGUAAAGUUCGUCUCAGUGAUUGUAGGAUUUUUAGUGAAGACAUGGAUAUCAAAAUAAUCCUUCUAUUAUUAACACUAAAACUAUUUUUCCAAUGUUUUACCGCUUCUUCAGUGGAAAUAUUUCAAUUCCGGAAAUAGUAAACGAGCUUUGUCCGUCAUCGGACAUAUGCUACACCAAAGCUUCGCAAAAAUUCAUUUCGAAUUAUUCCUUUCCUUGCUGCACACCAUGUCACUGCGAUGAUAAGUGUGGAUCCCGCCUAGAUUGCUGCUUUAACCAUCUUGAUAAAUACAAACUUGUUGAACAGAAAAAAGCCGCGUGUAUUGAUACGGAAAUAAAAUAUGACGGAGGACCCAAUAAUGAAAUCGUGCAUAAAGGUUUUUAUAUGAUUCAAGCGUGUAAUAUAGACACAAUAGAUGUACAUCAUAAUGUAAAUGAAGUUGAUUACUGUGAGAAAACUGACAGGAAUGGCAAACCUUUUAUUGAGCCCGUCUCUUCAAUAGACACUAAUUUAAUAUAUAUUAACACGAAAUGUGCAAUUUGCAACGGAGUACGUACGACACAAAUAAGACGAUGGAAUUACAUCGUCAAGAAGGUGAACAUUUACGAGAGUCAGAACAUAUUAUGGGGACGAAUCUAUGUUCCGCCAGAGGACGAAAACUGGUCACAUAAGCGUUGUUUUGAUAACUAUAACUAUAGGUCAGAAUGUUUUCGCCAAGACUGGCUUCAGCUGUGUCUUAAUCUCAACGCGCCAUUUUACUUUGUCUUUGAGCCACCGUUCAAGAAUGUUUUCUGUUGGCUUUGCGAUGUGCCCUCUCUUAGUUCCUAUGCAGGUCGCAUUCAUUGCCCAAAAGAAGUAAUCAAAGGUGCAAUAGGGGAGAUGAUGGUACUGCUGGAUUCGACGGUGAUUUAUGAUUCUAGUUCACAGGAAAGGAAGACAGGAGCUGCUACGCCAUGGCCAAACGUACUAACAUCAAACAUGGUUCGUUUGAAAGUAAACUGUCCUGAAGGAAUGACCAGAACUCAAACUGGAUGCAAAUAUUUUGCACUUAAAUGGUUUUUGGAGAAUAUUCGCUUACAGUUGAAGCUUACACCUGUAGAAGGAAAUAUACCAGUUACCAAAUUGAUACCAUAUUUACCUCUCAGGAAACAUUCAGAUCUGUUGGACAUUCCUUGUAAUAAGGGUGGUUUUAAGGUGCAAAUGUAUAUCAUAGAUAUCUUAGAACUGAGUAAUGAAAAUGAUGCUGCAAAUAGAAGUAAAAACACUUUCGUAUCUUCUGCUGUAUUAGACAUGUCUGCAAAAUUUGGACUUGAAGGGUUGGAUCCAUCUCGAAUUGUUCCAGUUAUUAAAACGUGCAUAACUGAUCGUUGGAAACUAAAUAUUGAAAACAAAACAUACGAGUUAACUGCUUCAUUUGAUAAAUUAACUGGAUACGAAUCUUCAAAAUAUGAAUCACAGUUUCCAGGAACCUUGAAUAAGCACAUGUUCAAAUUGAGUAAACCUUUCUUUUGUAACAACGUGCGAAUUCCUAUGUUCGAUGUCCGUGUAGAAGGCGCAGAAAUAAGAAUUUUAUCAAACAAUAUUACGCUGGGGUCAAACCAGUUCAUUAAAAAUUCUCCGGAUCUGGACGGCAAUCCGGAUCAUCCAUUUUGGAACCUGACAACAUUUACUGUAUGCAUUGAGGAUUAUGAUCCUAGUUAUAUGUCAUCAUCAAAUAGAAACAUGAAGGAAUCAAGAGCUAUUACUUCCUUGAUUGGCCUCGCCUUUUCUCAAAUCGUUAUAAAAUGGUUAUAAAAUUAAUACGAUAAAUAUGGGGAUCUUUAUCAAAACAAUGGCUCGCAUCGAAAAACGU